AAAAACACAUGACUAUUCUACAAAAGAUAUACAAGACCUAUCACAGAAGAAAUGUCUUAAAAGAAAAUCUAAUGGCAACAUCAAUGGCAACACCUGUAAUACUAAUGAUAACACCUGCAAUGAUACAAACAACAAUACAAAUAAUGGCAACAAAACUGAAAAGUGA